AUGAGUGUUUUAUUAAAAGAAGACAAUAUUAUUAUUAUUUCCCAUGAAGAUUACAUUCGUAAAAUGUAUAAUAAUGUAAACGGUGAAUCGUUAUGCUUUAAUCAAGACUUGUUUGCAAUCUGUGAACCGUUCAAAACUUAUAGCACCAACACAAAGUCCACAAAGAAAAGAAAACAAAACGACACUAAUGUUCAAAGUUUUCCUGCGAAAACAUUCGAGAAAUAUCGGGAGAAGAUUGUGAAAUGUUUAGUAGAGCAUACACAACGUGUUGACAAACAAAUAAAACAAGAUAUGUGUGAUUCUAAUGUUUUUCUGGCUAAUAACACAACAGAAUGUAGUAAAAAACGUAAAUUUUGUGAUUCGGACGAUAAAGCGUAUAAAGUUCCAAAUUUAAUAGCUUUAAAUGCAGUUUCUCGUCUUCAAGAUAAAUCCUCAGUUAUUUUGGGUAAUUUUAACGGUUCCAACACAUUUUCACAUGCUAUUACAAAAAACAUCAAUGCCGUGGAUUUCUUAUUCCCUGCAAAUUGUACAUUUAUCUGUAACGACGCACGCAAACUCUCCGAUUAUUUAAAACCAGAAGAAAAGUUUGAUGUGAUUGUUAUGGAUCCACCUUGGACCAACAAAGCAAUUCGUCGCAAAAACAAGAAACAAUUCACAAACGGAUAUUCUUUCAUGUCUAAUGGUGACAUCGAGCAACUUUCUGUGGACUCAUGGUUGAAACAAGAUGGCGUCGUGUUCGUUUGGUGCACUAACUCACCAGAACACCGCAAAGCUGUUGAUAGAUUCUUUCUAAAAUGGAACUUAAUCAAUGUUACACUUUGGUACUGGUUGAAAGUAACAAAACCGGCGAACCAAUAA